CCUCUUCAACAUUAGUAGGGAAUCCAUUCAAUUGACUUUGAAGACAAAAGGAAAAGAGUAGAAGAGCGAUACUCUAACGCUAAAGAAGGGGAUAUCGAUGGCGGUGAUGGAGAAGCUUAAGAUGUUCAUCGUUCAAGAGCCGGUGGUCGCAGCUUCAUGCCUCAUCGCCGGUGUUGGUCUCUUUCUUCCAGCUGUGGUCAGGCCUAUUUUGGAUUCAUUCGAGUCAUCCAAGCAAGUUCCACAACCUGCUUUGAGUGAUGUGGUUGCUGGAAUGACGGGUAAAAAACAGUAAUUUGGCCAGAGUUGUAAUUGGCAGCCGUUAUUUUGAUCUGAUCACUCGUGGAAUAAGCCUAAGCCCUCGUCGUGUUAUUUUGAUCAAAUAGGUCCCAUUGUUUUUUUUUUUUUUUUAUCUGAUCACUAUGAGCUCUGCCUUGAUCCCGGAGAAACGGAAAAUGUAGAGUUGGUGAUGCAGUGCUCUUGACUGUGGGUUGGUGAGAAGCGAACUAUUGAACCAAAGGAGUGUUGGGGCUACUUGUCUAAAGCAAUUUUUUUACUCAAUAGUUUUCAUUCAUAGGGCUAGUCAACAGUGUUUACAGCCUUCAUUAAAAAUUCUGCUCGGAAUUACAAUCAGAAGAGGAGGGGGUUAAACCAAGGGAAUAAGGUGGAAAUAGAAAGAGCAUGCUUGUCCAGUUUAUGACUUAAUGUGCUGCUUGAUUAAACACUUGAGAAACCUAAUGAACCGAGCAGUGAUGGAUCA